CAAACAUGCGACAGUAGUGGUUUUUGAUUGACUGUGGUGCUUAGUUUAAUGUUAAUAAUAGCAACAAAUGUCAGCUUUCCCGCAAGAAGACUUGAUCAAGCAAUGGACAAGUCAGCAGGCCAGCCUGAAGCAGCGGCUGGUGGAAGGGGACGUGGAGGAGUGGCAGACAGCCCCAGACUUCAAGGGGCUGGAGAGAGUGGGUGGCGUGGAUCUGUCCUUCAUCAAGGGAGAUGAUACCAGUGCCUGCGCUCAGCUGGUCGUUCUCAGCUUCCCAGAGCUGGAGCUCAUAUAUGAGGACACUCAGAUGGUGACCCUCAGCGCCCCCUAUAUCGCCGGGUUCCUGGCUUUCCGCGAGACGCCAUGCCUGCUGGAGGCCCUGCAGCGCCUCGAGAGGACUCAGCCCGAACUGUUGCCUCAGGUCAUUUUUGUCGAUGGAAACGGAUUGUUCCACUACAGAGAGUUUGGUGUGGCCUGCCACCUGGGGGUGCUCUCGGGGCUGCCUUGCAUAGGCGUGGCCAAGAACCUGCUGCAGGUCCAAGGCGUCACGAGGAGUCAGGAGCACUUGUCCCAGAUCAGUGCGCUGACGAAAGGCGGAGACACCUUUCCCCUGACGGCCGCCUCGGGGAGGGUGCUGGGAAAGGCCCUGCGCAGCUCAGACAAGAGCACCAAGCCCAUCUACGUCUCGGUGGGUCACCGCAUCAGUCUGGACACUGCGGUGCGCCUCACCCACACCUGCUGCAGGUACAGAGUCCCAGAGCCCAUCAGACAGGCAGACAUGCGCUCCAGAGAGUACCUGCGCACACAUUUCCCAUCUGCAGACACCUGUGGAUAGAGGAGGCAGAGGACAGUGAGGCUACUGAGCAAGUCUACUAUAGAAGGAACUGCAGUGCGGACAGAACAGAGGCUCGCCAAGGAGAAUCCUGAACUGCAAAAUGUGCAGUC